AUGAACCAUUAUCCCGCUUUUCUUCGUCCAUAUCAUAGUAAAUCAAAUAAUAAUAAUAAUAAUAAUGCAUCAUCAUCGAAUGAAAAUGAUGAAAAUUCAUCUAUAAAGAAUAUUUUUUUAAAACAUUUAUCAAAAUCUCAACAAACUUUAUUAAAUAAUAAUAAUAAUACAAAAGGUACAAUGCGUGGUGUUCUUGGUGAAGUUGGAAAUGUAUCAUUGUCUAAUAAACCAAUGACAUCGAUAAUAACUAAACCAAAAAUAAUUCAACAACAACAAUCUGUGGCAACUAUUUUGGAAACAAAAUCAAUAAUAACUAUACCACCACCAGCAGUAGCACCGUUAUCAUUAUCAGCAACUCUACCUUUGAUUUUAAAUAAAAUUGAAGAAAUUAAUUUAAAUGAUAGUAAUGCAAGUGAUGAAAUUAUAUCUUAUGAACCGAUAGCUAAACUUACAAAAGUUCCAUCCGAAUAUGAUUGUGAUAGUGGUGAUUCACAUAAUAUAACGACUGUUUCAGAAUAUGUCGUUGAUAUAUGUAAAUAUUGGCGUGAACUUGAACAAAAUACAUCUAUUCGUCAAAAUUUUUUAUUAAAUCGUAAUGAAGGUACAGCUUCACCUCAAAAUCGAGCUGUACUUAUCGAUUGGCUUUAUCAAGUACAUGAUCGUUUCAAAUUACUUUCAGAUACAUUUCAUAUGACAAUUCAACUUAUCGAUCGUUAUUUACAAUUAGUUGAUGUAUCAAAACAUGAAUUACAACUUAUCGGAUCAACCGCGUUAUUAUUAGCAUGUAAAUAUGAAGAAAUGACAAUACCCGGUAUGAAUGAUUUUGUCUAUGUAUCAGAUAAUGCAUAUUCAAAAGAAGAUAUGAAAGAAAUGGAACGACGUAUAAUAUCAACAUUAUCCUAUGAUCUUGGUCGACCAUUAUCAAUAAAUUUUCUUCGUCGUUAUUCAAAAAUUGUUCAAGCAACUGAUAUUGAACAUACAUUAGGCAAAUAUCUUCUUGAUUUAACAUUUACCGAUCAUUCAUUAUCACAUUUAUUACCAUCAUAUGUAUCAGCAUGUGCAUCAUUUCUUUCACGAUAUUUAUUUGCAUAUAAACGUUUAACAUCAUCAACAUCAGUAACAUUAUUAAUUGAUAAUAUAUGGCCAAAUAAAUUUAUGUCUUAUCAUACUGGUUAUACAUAUGAACAAAUUCGUCAAGGUAUUGAACAAUUAGGUCAAUUACUUAUUGGACAAGAUACAACAAAAUUAAGAAGUGUACAAAAAAAAUUCUCUCAAAGUAAUAUGUUUUCAGUUGCACAACAUAGUUGUUGUAAAAGUGCUUAUGUUCAAAUAGCACUAUCUCGUCUAUCGAAAUAA